AGCGUGGCUAGUGCACAUCUCCGGCUGCUCGUCAUGGCCUCGCACGCCGGCGCUCCCCCUCGGUGGCCGCUGGUGCCGCUGCUGCUGCCGCUGCUGCUGACCUGUCUGACGGGGCUGGACGGAGGCGCCGUCUCCGCUCAUCAGCCGGCCGACCCGGCCGCCGCGCCGGCGAGGCCUGUCUGGCCAGCACGCUGGACCUGCUCUGGUCAACCGUCGGCAGGAUCGUCCGCUCGGCCGUGGAGCCUGAGGUCGCCGAGCUGGACGGCCGGCUGGCCGGACUGCAGACUCAACUGACUGAACUGGCCGUGAGACUGGACAGGAUUCAGGGAGGACAGGAGGCACAAAAUUCCACAGUUCAGAUCCAUCUGCAAGAGAUCGAGGUAGGCCUGAAGAAAGGCCACCUUGAUUUCACAUCGAAGGUUGAUGGAGUGCAGUCCCAGGUGACGGAGCUGAUGGCAAAAAUCGACGAUAUUCAAGGAGGACAACAGUCUCAAAAUGUCUCACUUCAGCGCCAACUUCAAGGCAUGGAGGAGGGACUUGGAAGACUGGACUCUGAUCUAAAGUCAACACUAGAUGGAAUUCAGGCCCAGACAGAAGCACGACUAGGAACUGUUCACGCCCGGUUGGAGUCCAAACUGGACCGCGUUCAGUCCCAGAUCGACACGCGGCUCGGCCAAGUCCAGUCUCAGCUGGAGUCCAGGCUGGCGGACGUCCAGUCCAGUCCAGUCCGGGACUGUAGUGACCUGCCUGCCGGUGCCCGGAGCGGCGUCCACCUGCUGCGGCCGGGCCUGAGGCAGCCGGUGCCGGCCCUCUGCGACCAGGACACCGACGGCGGCGGCUGGACCGUGUUCCAGCGCAGGGCAGAUAUCCAGCCGCGACAGGACUUCUUCCUCGGCUGGGAGGCGUACAAGUGGGGCUUCGGCGCGCUGGAUGGGGAGUUCUGGUGGGGGCUGGAGCACCUGUUCCACACCACAUCGCUUCUGGACCGGCGCUACGAGCUGCGCAUCGACAUGGAAGACUUUGAAGGCGAGAAGAGGUUCGCGCUGUAUCAGGACUUCAAGAUAUCGUCAGAGGCAGACGGCUACCGUUUACAUGCCGCCAACUACUCAGGUACUGCCGGGGAUAGCCUUAAAAUCCACUUUGAGAAGCAAUUCACAACUAAAGACAAAGACCAAGAUGUGCACAAGACCGCAAACUGUGCCAUUUCUUACAAGGGAGGUUGGUGGUACGAGAAAUGCCAUUUGGCGAACCUCAAUGGCCUCUACCUGGGAGGUGAACACUCCAGCUACGCGGACGGUGUGAAUUGGCAAAAGUGGAGAGGAUACGAGUACUCACUGAAAUCCGUUCAAAUGAAGAUAAGGCCCUUUAUUAAAAUGUGAUUAUCAAAUUGAUAAA